ACAAGGGUUGUGCCGCAGAAUCCUUUGAGCAAAAGUAGAAGGGCAUGCUUGGUUUGUGACAAAGUUUGCCCGUAUUCAAACUUUUGGCUGCCUAUGGAAUAAUACCAAUCCACCUCACAAUCCGUUCACAAAUUUUGCCAAUCCAUCUCACAACCGAUUCACGAAACUACAUUUUUUUUGCCACCCUUCUUCGGACUAAUUGUCUCUGAGUGGCCCAAAACUGAUGGUUAAGCGUGUUUGACACUUUUCCUUACAAGAUGGGGCCCACUGUCAGGUCCAUCCCAUUUAUGCAUUUAGCCCCUGCAUAUUUUCACAUUUAUUUUCUCCCCCUUCUUCCUGUUCUCCGGCUGCCCCUGCUCCCCUUCAUCUCCUCCUGCUUUGGCAGCUUCUCCGUGCGCAUGGAGGGCUCCCCGGACAUGAACCGCUACAUGGCGUCGCCCCAGCGGGACCUCAUGCUCGCCUUCCACAUGCUCAGCCUUGCCCUCUACACCGUUCGGCUGCUCCUGUCCCAUCUUGACCACCCCAUGGACUUCUGCACCGCCGCCAGUGCCGCUCCUCUAGAUCCGGCUGUCAUUGCUGCCACACCAUCCUCGUCGGUCCCGGUUUCUCUGGUGUCAUUGUCGCCGGCUUCCGUGGUGCCCUUUUGGCGCCUUCCUUGGCCACGGCGGCUGCCCUCCAUCUAGCGCCGGCCCCCCACGAAGGAGCGGCCUGGCCUGCCGGAGCGGAGACAAAACCCAAGCCGGUGGAUGCGCAGCUCCCCAUGCCGCCCCCUCCGCCACCGACCCCCAUCGGCUCCGCUUGCACCUACGACUGUUGAUAGCAUCACACAAUCAUUAAAUGAGUUGAAUGCUGAGUUUCCUUCGGUGGGAACACCAGACAAACAUGCUGAUUCUACUAAUUCACCUAAUGGUAGGAGCACACACCCUAUCAACGAUGGGACUCCUGUGUUUGAUGCAACCCCAACGACAUCUGCCAAUGUUGCCCGAGAUAACAGUCGGGAAUCUUGUGGAGGGACACCAGGGCCUAUUUUUGACGAAACCGUGAUGCGACACAAGAAGGAUGACACAAACGCAGGCAUUGCGGAUGAGCCCAGCCCCCCUGAUUGCACUCCUGUUUGGCAGGACACACCGUCCCAAUCUGUAGAUGGCACUGAGGAGGUCACACAGGCGUGGAAUGCUGGUGAACAACUUGAAAGGUAUCAGAAGGAACAUGCUGCAAGGGUUGCCAAGUAUGCCGAGGCAGUAAGGCAGUACUACAGGAAAUUUCCCAAAAUGAAGAGGGAUGCAUCUAAUGCUCCAGCUGAUCACACCGAAAAUGUCCCUGCAUCAACUGCUUCAGAUGAUGAUUUUGAAGCCCCAUCUCCACCCACAGUGAGAAACAAGGUCAGGUUUGAUGUUGCUAAACGGAAGGUCUCACGCGUAUCGUCGCAGGAGUCUCCUGGUGCCGUCAAUGUACGAUGCAUCCCUCGCAUUGGGACCUCCCCUUCGUCGCAGGAGUCUCCUGGUGCCGUCAAUGUACGACGCAGCCCUCGCAUUGCGACCUCCCUGGUGCUGUCGCUGCGCACCCAGCUCAAUAUGGUGAAAAAGUCUCUGGGAGCAAGCGUCGCCGAACGGUCGACAAAUCUUAUGUUUCAGAUGGCGAGGAUGACGUCGCUGAUGUGGGUGGUGAAGUUGAUGCUGCCAAGGUCUAUUGUGAACUUCAUAAUUUUUGUGUUCAUUGCUGAACUUUCAUAUUAUAUGAAUCUGAACUUCCUCAACAUUUUUGUUGUUAUUAUCAUCCAAGAAGGAGAUGAGAGGCGGCGCAGGUUGCAGCAGCAAAGUGGCUGGUAA